AGAAGUGCCUACACAGAAAACUCUUUUCCACGGCAGCCCCAGUGGCCUAAUGGAUAAGGCAUUGGCCUCCUAAGCCAGGGAUUGUGGGUUCGAGUCCCAUCUGGGGUGGACGAAUUUUUUUGUUUUUUGCACCCAGGGGAUACCAACGACCCGCGGGAGCUCUGGGGCGUUAAAGCCGCGUCAGCUUUCCACAGCGCCGAUCCGGGAACUGCCGAGGGUCUGCAUCUUCUGGGGUUGCUGAGCGCCCCACUUGGGCUCUAAGGAGCUGUACGGCCGCUGUAAGACCGGGACACCUCGGGGACACACGUGGGCUGCGCGGGGGAGGGAGGGGCCACGGCCCCACUCACCUCCCCGCAGCGGGACGGGCCUCUCCGCUCGUCCCACUGACCCCGCUCCGGGACCGACAAGCGGCCCGAAGGCGUCACCCCCAAACCAACGGCCCGGCGCGACAGAGAGGGAGCGAGCGCACGGGCCUCGCCUCGACACUCGACCUUCGGCACCUGACCUCCGCCGAGCGCCGGGGGCUGGAGGAGGCGAUCGCCCGACUCGGCGCUCGACAGACGGCCCCGGCCGAACGCGCGAGCGUGAAGGCCGCGCGCGCGCGCCUUCGUCCACUUUCCUUAUUGGCCGCCGCAGCGAGGCAGCGGCGUUCGAUUGGCCGUCGGGGGGGGAGGUGCGCAAGAUGGCGGCGCUGGGUUCUCCGCUGCGGACCUUGCGCGGGCUCCUGCGCGAGCUCCGCAACGCCAGCGGCAGGGCGGGCCGCCCCUAUCGCGACACGCCCGCCUACCAGCACAUCGUCGCGGCCUUCCGCGCCAACCGGGUGACCAGCGAGAAGCUGUGCCGGGCCCAGCAAGAGCUGCACUUCCAGGCUGCUACCUACCUCUGCCUGCUCCGCAGCGUCCGGGAGCACGAGGCCCUCCACCAGGAGUACCACGGCCGGGGCGAGCGCUCGCCUGAGGAGGUCGCCGGGCUGGUGGGCUUCAGGUUGCCUCAGCAGCCGGGAGGGAAGGGCUGAGGUGACUCUGUCGCGUUACCUGUUUAUUCCCGAAUAAAGGUCCUAGCAUCACCGAAAC